GGGCGGGGGACCGGCGCGCCCCGGCCCCGCCGCUCUUCCAGGAACGGAGGGGCCGAGCGGUCUCGGCUCACUUCGUAUCCCGCGGCUUGAACUGAGCAGGUGGCCCGUUUUCGUGGCGAGUCGGGCUACUCGGACUGACGACAGCUCAGAACCAGCAUGGUUUCGUCUCUUUGCAAGACGCUUUAGAUGAAGUUCUCCUUAGUUUUGUCCUGAUUUUUGAUGAAAUUGAGUCAUGAAACUGUAACCAUUGAAUUGAAGAAUGGAACACAAGUUCAUGGAACAAUCACAGGUGUAGAUGUCAGCAUGAAUACGCAUCUUAAAGCCGUGAAAAUGACCCUGAAGAACAGAGAGCCUGUACAGUUGGAAACCUUGAGUAUUCGAGGCAAUAACAUUCGGUAUUUUAUUCUACCAGACAGCUUACCUCUGGAUACACUACUUGUGGAUGUUGAACCUAAGGUGAAAUCUAAGAAAAGGGAAGCUGUUGCAGGAAGAGGUCGAGGCCGAGGCAGAGGAAGAGGACGUGGUCGCGGCAGAGGAAGAGGGGGUCCUAGGCGAUAAUGUCGCUCAAGAUUACUGUUUCAAAGUGAUAAGGAAUUGGGGAUAGUUUUUGUACAGGUUUUGUUUGUUUGUCAGUUUUUAAUAAACAUAAGUGUGGGGA